UAAAAAUAAUUGUCAGAUACACGCACGCAAGUAUUCGCGAUGUCAGUACGGCUGGGCUACUCGCACUCAGUUGUAUAUUUUGCGUUCUAAAUAAACCAAGGGGUUUAUCAAUAUACAAAUCACGUAUUUAAAGCAACGAGGUGACGGUAGAAGAACAACGUGAUCGUUCUAAAGCCAAAUCCGACACGGCCUUAUAUAAGCAAUAACCAAAUCGACAAGCCGAGAAAGUGCUAAGGGUGUUGCGCGCAUGCCUGAGGACUGACUAAUAUUUUUGUUGUGAAACAUCAUCGAAACGCGAAUAGAGGAAACGAAUUUGCAAAGUUAUUAAGACGCAAAGCAAAGAAAUGAAGGAAGUAUAAGUUUUGGUUUUGAUUUGACUCUUAAUAGUUGUUUUGAGAUUGAUACAAAAGUUGUUCAGCUCCAAGAAGUGAAGUAAAAUGUCCAAAAAGUUACCCGUUCGCACACUGAGCGAACUGACGCUGGCAGAGUUGGCCGGUACGAUCGUUGGCUCGAUCGGAACCAUGGUACAGACGAGCCUUGCGUUUGGUAUUCCACCCGACUACACGCUGUUGAUGGUUGAGAUCAACUCCUAUAUGGACAACAUGGGAGCUACAAGCAACAUCUACGAGGAUCUGCUGCGCGUUAUCCUUUGUUCCGACUCGCUUGACGCUUCGAUGCGCUUCUGCUGCCUGCAGAUGCUGCUGAACGAAGGCGUACAGUGUCUGGUAACGGAUAUCUUCCCCCUAGCCUACUACGAGCGCAUACUGCAGGUGAUUGCUGCGCAAGGUCGUGGUCUGCGCCAGCUAAACAUGAAAGGAGUGUGGGUGAAGGAGGAGUGCAUGUGUUUCAUGUUUGAGAUUGUGAAGCGUUUACCGCACCUUACCAGACUGACCAUCCCGCACAUCGCGAACGAUAAUCUGCUGAAGCAUAUCGCCGACUACAGCCGCUGUAUGAGACAGUUGGACAUUAGCGGCGAAACGGAUAUAACGGAGAUUGGCAUCGAGUAUUUGUGUUACGGCGAGUGCCGAAACCAUCUCACCGUUGUAGAUAUUGGUUCGCUCGGGGAAGAAAAUAUAUGCCACACGGAUGUGGCCUUGCUACUCCAGAACCUGCCAAACCUGGCUACGCUGAAGUCAUACUCGUUCGUUGGUCGUAGCCUGCAGUACAUCGUCGAGAAGAAGGAUGCCAACUUCAAGUGUCGGUUGGUGUAUGUACACGACAUGGAAACGGACGCCGCAACACUGGAUGCAAUCGUACGUACCUGUCCACGGCUGGAGGACAUCUAUCUCGAUUCGCCCGAGGCAGGCAUACUGGAGAAGCUGUGUUCGGUGAAACUACGCCGCUUGAAGCUGUACAAGUUCAGCGCCUACGAAUUGCUGGGGCUGGCGGAGCACAAUGGCAAAUCGCUGUACCAUCUGACCGUAAUCAAGGGGUAUGGUCCACUCGAGAUCGACCGGCUUGUGCGCUCCUGUCCGAAUCUGAUCGAUCUCGACUUCUACAUGAUGGAUUCGCUGACGUUUGCGGGCGACAGCAGUUUCACCAAUCUGCAAGGGUUGGAAAUUUUGAGCAGUCCGAUACAGAAGCCAAGCCUGCGUCGUUUCAUUUGUCAUACGACGACGCUACGUCGGCUGGCGGUGGAUGCAGUCACCUUUUCCGAUGAGGACAUCAGCUCGAUGGUGAUUGAGCACGAUUUCUAUCAGCUGGAGGAUGUUUGGUUCACAUCGGCCCCAUAUCUAUCGAUUGCUUCUGUAGAGAUUCUGAUGGAUCGCUGCCCAGAGCUGCAGAGCGUUGGUCAACUGAGCGGAUGGGCAUUGACGCCCGAUGACGUGACGUUACUUCGCGGGAUACUGAAAAGCUGCAACUCCUCUCUGGUGGUUCCAUCCAUAAAUCCCUCCAGUAAAUUAGAAUCAUCACCUUGGCUGAUUGUGCUCUCAGUUCUAAAAAAUAACUCCAGCGAUAAAAUAGAGCGAAUCUUCGCGAAUGCAAGUGAAAAAAUUAGGGUUGUUCCGGCUUCAAUUCUCACCUGUGUUGAUGUGUGUGUGUCUGUGUAUUAUAAGUGAACGUGUUGCACCACCUGGUGUACGUGUUGGUGAGUGAAUUUUUCCAGCAAUCAAUUACUCCGCUCACACAGGGAGGCAAAAUUGUAUCGCGAUAACGAGCCGCGAGUGCAGUAAAAGUAGCAAAAAAAGGAAAAGAGCAUCGACACCAAUCACUCAAUCUUUCCCAGUGCAAAGGCGGAAGCAAGUGAAGUAAGAAGCUUUUCCCCGUUCAUUACCGCGCUGGUGCCUGUGCGUGUGUACGUUUGUAUGUGUGCGUGGUGGUGUAAAGGUGUUUGAUGGAAAUUAAACCUUUCGCUCGGCAGUGAUCAAAGUGAGCAAAAAAGAAGAAGAGGAAAAAAAGCUAAAAAACGGGAAGCGGAAAAUUCAGUGACCGGAACGGGAUCGGAAGUACCGGAAUUGCAAUAUCGCUGUUGGUGAAGGUGGGCAAUACACGUGAACGGUUCUUCCGUUUUGGAGUGAAUUGAUUUUUGCUAUCCAUUUUUUCUGUGUGUGUGUGUGCGCGCGCGUGUGUGAAUCUGUGGGCAGUGUAAAAUGCAUCGACCCUGUGCGUGUUACAUUCACCGUAUCGAGGUGAUUGAUUUCUAUUCAAAUUAGUGAGAGAGGUUGCAAAACAAAAAAAGCUAAACCAAAAGCCGUUGAAUUGUUGAAAGUGUUAAAUAGGAAAUUG